CAAACUGGAAUAAGAAAAUUCAUUUAGGAACAGAGGUAAUGCAAUGUAAAAAAACAUAGAAAGAAAAAUGAUUUAAAAUAUCUAAAAAUGUCUCAGAUUUCAACAAAAGCAUGGCCAUUGCAAUAUAAGCCAAGCUUAGUCAGGAAAUUGAUAAUUUUAAUUUUGCUGGCUCAAGGAUGGCACAAAUUCAUGGAUAGAAAUCUCAAAAUGCCUCUUAACCAGCAACAAGAAUUCAAUUGUUCACAGAUUGAUUCUUUUUUUCAGAAUAAAAAAGAAAACUAUAUAUCAAAGGGCAUCAGUUUUAAAAAGCUCGAAUUUUGAAGCCUCAUGGAUGAAUCAGCUCAAAAAUAUAAACAUUCAUCAUCUGCCUUUCAAACAUUUCAAGAAACAAGUCCAAAUUUUGUAUGAAUCAAUGGACUGAGAAACGAAAAAAUCUCAGAUUUUUCCCACCCCAUUAACAAGUUCGAGUUCUAGAACAAGAACAACCAUCGUUCAUCUUGCUCUACGCCCCUGUCUGAACCCUACGGAUGUCCGCUUAUUGGGCUCCUCCGUAGAGUUAUUCUAAGGCAAAAUCCACACAUCGAAAGAAAAAUCAAACCGAUUCGAAAAAAAGAUGAAAUUCAAGCAACGGAAAUGAAGAACGACUGAAAUCGAAGGGAUAUCCAGGGCGAAUCGGAGGAAAAUCGAUGGAUAUGAGCGAAGAUCCUCGCCGAGGGCCCGGAUCUGAAGACCCAAAUAAUGAAAUUUGGCCAGAAGAUUUUUUGUUAUGCGCCUCCUAACUAAGCCUGAUGAAACAACAAGCGAUACUUGAAUCCAUAGGGCUACUCAGAAGGGCGACGAACAAUGAAAAAGGAGAAGAAAGAACGAAGAAGAUUUGCAGAAGCGAAUGGGGAAAUUAGGGCUGUCAACAGCCGGGCAGCAAAGCGCGUACGUGGCUGGCGUAACGGUCACUUCGGCGUCUCUGCCCGUACUUUAUAUAGCUUGCCCCUCCUUCCCCUUCUCUUCAUCUCCUCAUCCUCAACAUUCCCUUCCGACGAAAGAAAAAAAUCCUUCUGGACUUCUGCAAUUCGCUCGAAGAUCUCCUCCACAGACGAAGAAGAUGAAUGCCAAAGCUCUUUUCGCCGUUCUCGUGGUCGCCUUGGUGGCACUCUCCGCCGUCCUGACGGCGUCGGCCGAUGACUUCUCUUCGCCUGCCCCGGCUCCGGCGCCGGAGUCCGACGCCGCAGCUUUCGUUCCGGCCGUCGUUGCUUCCUUCGCCGCUCUCGCGUUCGGAUUGCUCUUCUGAUUUCAGAGAUCGGACGUUCUUACGAGUCUCUAGAAGCUUCUUCUUCUGAGAUUGUUUCAGAUCGCAGAUCUGGUGGCUUCAAUUUGAGACGGCGAAGAAUGGAUCUGAUUCGUAUAUGAGAUUUGUAUUUUCUAUUUGUUCCUGUUUAAUUCUUUGAUUGAUUCUAUCAUAUUAUUGUUAUUAUUCUUUCAGUGUAUUGAACAUAUAUUUUGAUUCAUUUUUUUUUGAGCCAUAAAUUUGAAUUGUUCUU